AUCAUAUGCACACGUAUUAGUCUGUAUAUAUUUCCAAUAGCUCAGCUGCAAUCAGUUUUCGGUGUGCUCUCGUAAAUAAUACAAAUUAAAUAGAAUAAUAGCAAAUUUUGCGUACCUGGUACCUACAUACCUCUAGGAAAUUACGAAAAACGAAAGAGGCUAAACCUUCGUAAUGGCAGCCCCGGUAAUUGUGGAGGCCACGGUCAAGCAGACGGCGACGCUCAUAUUCAUGCACGGCUUGGGCGACACUGGACAUGGCUGGAGCAGCGCUUUGGCUGCAGUGCGACCACCCUUCAUGAAGGUCAUCUGUCCAACGGCACCGACACAGCCUGUGUCGCUGAAUGCCGGGUUCCGUAUGCCGUCGUGGUUCGAUUUGAAGACCCUGGAUAUCGGUGGGCCAGAGGAUGAGCCGGGUAUACGCGCUGCUCGCGAUGAUAUCCAUGGCAUGAUCAAUAAGGAGGUUAGCGCUGGCAUACCAGCCAAUCGCAUCGUGCUUGGCGGCUUCUCACAAGGCGGCGCCUUGGCUCUUUACUCGGCACUGACCUACGAACAGCCAUUGGCUGGCGUAGUGGCUCUGUCAUGUUGGCUGCCACUGCACAAGCAGUUUCCCGAUGCCAAAGUGAGCAGCGACGAUGUACCCAUAUUCCAGGCACAUGGUGACUACGAUCCCGUGGUACCAUAUAAAUUUGGACAGCUGAGCGCCAGUUUGUUGAAGUCCUUCAUGAAGAAUGUCACAUUUAAGACCUACAGUGGACUCUCGCACUCGUCCUCUGACGAGGAGAUGAACGACGUGAAGAAUUUCAUUACACUCUCCUUGCUCUUCUCUCUUGCAGGACAUAAUCAGUAAAUGGGUAAAAUAAAAUUUCCAUUUAGCACUUUAAGCACUCUUAGCGCGUCUCUUCCUCGCUCGUCUACUGCAUUCCAGGAAAGAAAAUUGCAAACACAACAAUAACAAUAACUAAAAGUAAAACUAAUUUAACAAAAAAAAAAAUUAAUUUGGGCCAAACAUAUUACAUUUUAAACACAAAACAACCGCAGUAAGCAAGCCUCCAAAACAUGGAAACACACAAUCUGAUGUGGCUUGAGUUGAUUUUUGUUCUUUUCUAAGACAAAUUGAGAAACUAGAGAAACACAAUCAAUAACCUAUAUGCUUCGUAAUAACACCCUGUAAAACUGAACAAUAGAGCGAGAUAUAUCAGCGAUCAGAGUAUUUUAAUAUACUCUCUAUUU